CUGAAAAUGCAACUUGACGGGUAGUUGCUCCGCGACACACAAUAUGGAUCCAUUAUAUUUGGCGUUAAGUGCUUUUCGAAGACGGAAAUUCGAGAAAUGUAUUGAAAUAUGUACGAAUCUUUUAGCUACUAAUCCCUAUGAUCAGGCUGUAUGGAGCCUAAAAACACGCGCAUUAACGGAGGAGGUUUGGGUGGACGAGUGUGAUGGAGAAGAGGAAGGAUUAGCUGAUGUAUUAAUGGAUGACAACACCAUUGCUUCAGUGGCGCGACCAGGAACAUCCCUUCGAACUGCUCCACCAUCUUCUGCUGGUGGCCAUGGUGGACCUUCUCAAGCCUUCAGACCUGCCACACAAUCGGGACGGCCUCUGAGUGGAGUGGUACGUCCAGGAUCACAGGGAGGACGGCCAGGCACAAUGGACCAAGCUUUACGCACUCCAAGGACAGCCCAGACAGCUCGUCCUGUCUCUGCAGCUUCUGGACGGCAUGUGCGCUUAGGGACAGCAUCUAUGUUGCCUUCAGGGGAGGGCCCUUUCAUCAACUUAGCUCGGUUGAAUGUAGCCAAAUAUGCAAGCCAACCAAACAUUGCAAAGGCUUUAUUUGAGUAUAUAUAUUAUCAUGAGAAUGAUGUAAGGCAUGCAUUGGAUUUGGCAGCUCAAGCCACACAAGCACAAGAGUUCAAGGACUGGUGGUGGAAAGUACAGCUCGGUCGUUGCUACUACAGGCUUGGUUUGUUUCGUGAUGCUGAAAAACAAUUUAAAUCUGCCUUACAACAGCAAGACAAUAUCAACACCUUCCUCCUCCUUGGUCGAGUGUACAUCCGUUUAGACCAGCCAAUGGCAGCUCUUGAAAUUUAUAAGAGUGGGCUUGACAAAUUCCCCGGUGAAGUAACUUUACUUACUGCUAUAGCAAGGAUUUAUGAAGGAUUGCAUGACCUGACAAAAGCUGUGAAGUUUUACAAAGAUGUCCUGCAUUAUGAUGCUACGCAUGUUGAGGCCAUCGCAUGUAUUGGAACCAACCACUUUUACACUGAUCAGCCUGAAGUAGCCUUGAGGUUUUAUAGGCGACUGCUACAGAUGGGUAUCUACAACUGUGAAAUAUUCAACAACUUGGGCUUAUGCUGCUUCUAUGCCCAACAGUAUGACAUGACUCUCACUUGCUUUGAGCGGGCAUUAAGCCUUGCAACUGAUGAGAGUGUUGCAGAUGUUUGGUACAACCUAGGCCACAUUGCAUUAGGCAUUGGCGAUAUCAACCUGGCAUACCAGUGCUUCCGCCUUGCUCUGGUGGCCAACAAUGACCAUGGUGAAUCCUACAACAACCUGGGCGUUUUGGAAUACCCGGGAAACUACGACACUGCUCGGGCUUUCUUCAUGACCUCUGCUACUUUAGCCCCUCACAUGUUCCAGCCUCAUUUUAACCAUUCUAAACUUGCUCACAAGACUGGAGAUCUACAGACAAGUUACGUUAUUGUACAGAAAGCGCUGCAAGUUUUUCCAGCCCAUGUCGACUCAAAAGAAUUACUGAGCGCACUGGAAACGCACUUCCACACCCUGUAAAUUGUAUCAAAAUAUAUUACAAGCUGAUAUAUAAAAUAAGAGGACUCUCUAGUCACUGUAUUUAUCUAUAUUUUAUUUUCACACCAAUUCAUAUUCAUAGCCAUGUAUCAUC